AUGUCCAGAAAGUCUAUGCUCCCCGACGGCUUCGUCGAAACGCCAGGAACGAAACGGCGUACGCGCAAGUCAGGAACCCCCUCCGUCGACGAUCGAUCGCCAUCACCUCUCGAACCUGCCUCCAGCUCAGGAAGAGACCCUCUGACCGCACCGAUCCCCAAUGGCAGAAGCGUGCCGUCUGAGAAGAAGGCGAAUGGACACCACAAUGGCACGCCCAAGGGCAAGGUCAUCGACGGCUGGCUCGAGGGCUCAGAUCCCAAGAUCGACGCGGAUCCACACUUCGAGUUUGGCGGAACAUUCGGUGUGACCGCCAUGAUGAUCGGCUUUCCAUUGCUCAUGUGGUACAUGUGGGUUGGCGCGACGUACUACGACGGCAAGUUCGCAUCUGAGCCGAGCAUGACAUGGUCAGCAUAUGGAAAGCACCUUGUCAAGCUGGUGUACACUGGCGCGUUCCCACACGCGAAGGCUUGGGCGAUAUACUGGACUUUCUUCAUCUUUGAGGGUAUCCUGUACCUUACGCUGCCAGGUGUCUACUCUACUGGAAAGCCCCUCCCACACGAAGGUGGAAAGCAGCUUCGCUACUACUGCAAUGGUGUGUGGAGCUUCUAUACCUCUAUCGCUGUCGCGGCUGUCCUCCACUUCACUGGCAUCUUCAAGCUCUACACUCUGAUCGAUGAGUUUGGGCCCAUCAUGUCGGUCGCCAUCAUCUCUGGUUUCCUGGUCUCCAUUGUAGCCUACAUCUCAGCUCUGGCACGAGGUGCCCAGCAUCGUAUGACUGGCCACCACAUCUACGACUUCUUCAUGGGUGCCGAGCUCAACCCACGCAUGUUCGGCUGGCUCGACUUUAAGAUGUUCUUCGAGAUCCGUCUUCCAUGGUUCAUCCUCUUCUUCACCACCUUGUCUGCUGCGGCGCGCCAGUACGAGAACUACGGCUACGUCACUGGCGAAGUUGGCUUCCUGCUCAUGGCCCACUGGCUCUACGCCAAUGCCUGCUGCAAGGGAGAGGAGAUGAUUGUCAUCACUUGGGACAUGUACUACGAGAAGUGGGGCUUCAUGCUUAUCUUCUGGAACUUGGCUGGUGUCCCGCUCAGCUACUGCCACUGCACCAUCUACCUCGCCAACCACGAUCCAACCGAAUAUGCCUGGUCCAAGCCUGCUCUGGUCCUUUUCUACACCUCCUACCUCUUCAUGUACUGGGUCUGGGAUACCUGUAACUCGCAGAAGAACAUGUUCCGCACGAUGGGACGAGGCUACCACGUCCACCGCAAGACCUUCCCACAGCUGCCAUGGAAGUACGUUGAGAACCCGGAGCACAUCAAGACCGACACUGGAGAUUCGAUUCUAGUCGACGGCUGGUACAAGUACUGCCGCAAGAUUCACUACACUUGCGACACGUACUUUGCGCUCACUUGGGGUCUUAUCACUGGUUUCAACAGCCCAUUCCCAUGGUUCUACUCAGUCUUCUUCACGCUCAUGAUCACGCAUCGUGCGUUCAGAGAUAUUCAGAGGUGUCGCGAGAAGUAUGGUGAUGCGUGGAAGGAGUACGAGAGGAGAGUGCCGUACUUGUUCAUCCCGUACGUUCUUUAA